GCAUUCUUUCAUUUCGAUUCUCUUUUUCAGUCGAAACAGACAACCCUCAGAAUUAACUAUAUACAUCAAGUGAAUACGGCUUAUCCAACAAAAAUGACGAAAGAUUUUACCAUAGGAUUUCUUGGAUGUGGAAGCAUCGCUGAGUGUAUCAUGAGGGGAAUUUUAAAUUCCGGAUUCGCCACUUCUGAUAAAAUUUACAUUUGCAAUCGGACUGAAGCAAGCAUGAAUCGAUUAUGCGAAAAAUAUCAGGUUCAUCGUGCCUGUGCCACAGAACUUGUAAGAAUAUGUGACUUUAUACUGAUUGGUGUAAAACCAUACGAUAUGACAGGUGUUCUUGAUGCCAUUAGUGAAGAGGUUACUAGUGAAAAGAUUAUUGUUUCUAUGGCUGCUGGGAUAACACUCGAAGCUAUCGAGCAACAAUUGCCACCUCGCUCCAAAGUGAUACGUGCUAUGCCAAACGUUUCAUCCUCUGUUUGUUGUGGUUCAACAUGCGUUGUACAGAAUAAGGAAGUCACAGCCAAUGAUACGUUGAUGGUUGUUGAGCUUUUUAAUUCAGUGGGUAAAGCUGUGGUGCUGCCUGAAUCAACUAUGCAUGGUUUCAUUGCUCUUUGUGGUUCAUCCCCAGCUUACGUUUUCUUAUUUAUCGAAGCACUUAGUGAUGGGGCUGUUAGGUUGGGAAUACCCCGUCAAUUGUCUUACGAAUUGGCAUCACAAGCUGUUUUAGGUGCUGCAAAAAUGUUGCAAGAAAGUGGUCAAGGGCCGGCUCAGCUUAAGGAUUUGGUAUGCUCUCCUGGAGGAACCACUAUCGAAGCAUUAAGUACCCUUGAAAAAGGUGCCUUCAGGUCAUUAGUAAUUGAAGCAAUGAAGGAUUGUGCGAAUAAAUCUAAAAGAAUGGAGAUUCAUGAGUAAUAAUUUUUUUUAGCUUAGAGACAUCAAUUAGGUAUAAAAAAUAAAAAAGCGUCGUUUUUCAUCCCACAUAGUGCAAAAGUGUGUUUGGGGAUAUUUAGAUUUAAAUAACUGAUUAAAAAACAUCACCAAUAAGUAA